UUUAUUUUGCAAGAGAUUUGUAUUCGAUGUUCGUCUCGAGACCUCGUUCUACUUUUCCGGCUCUCUAGUUGUUGAAAGAUUAGAUAUUUCCUGGGUGAAAGUAGCUAACCACUACUUCUGUCCAUUUGGUUUUCGAAACCAGUGUUUGGUGUGAGGUGGAGCACACAAAGAUAAGUUCCCCGCUGCUAAAUCUUUCCAAGUUGGCUUCUUUGCGCAGCUCGUCCGCGAGCAAUUCUGUGUAAUGGAGACCGAGGAAAAAUUGGACCUGAGGUCCAGCGAAGGAGACUGCGUCUUGUGUUCUGUGACGGAAGCUGAAGUCAGUCUUGAUGAAAUGCUUAGCUUGGCGUGUCGGCAGGGCAAACAGGAUAUCGUGGAGCUUCUUCUGGAGAGCGGUGCUCAUGUAAAUCACAGAAACAAAGCUGGAAACACUCCUUUGUUAGAAGCAUGUAGCCAGGGUCACGUCGAAGUAGCUAGGCUGCUUCUGGACAGAGGUUCUGUGAUCGAUGCUCCCACGGAGUCGACAUCGGACAGCGCUUUGACCUGGGCAUGUACGCUUGGAAACGACCUAAUCGUAGAUUUACUGCUGACUCGAGGAGCAAACGUCGAGCACAGGACCAAAGAUGGUUGCACAGCUCUCAUGUUCGCUGCGUUGGCUGGUCAUGUGCAGGUGGCGGAGCUACUGUUGGACCAUGGCGCUGAGAUCAACGUGCAGUCCGACUCGAACAAGGACAGUCCGCUUACGUUUGCCUGCUGGAAAGGCCAUCAUGAGGUGGUUGGCUUGUUGCUGAAUCGCAGUGCAGAUAUUGAGCAUCGCACGAAGGAAGGAUUUACCCCAUUGAUGUUUGCUGCUCUCGGCGGUCAUACCAACGUAGCCAAACUACUGCUGGAGCGCGGUGCCGAGGUGAACGUGCCGUCCGGUUCCAACAACGACAUCCCGCUGACGUCUGCGUGCUGGAAAGGCCACCACUCGGUUGUCAAGUUGCUGCUUGAGUAUCGCAGCGACUUGGAGCACCGCACCAAGGAUGGCUGCACGCCGCUGAUGUUAGCGGCACGCGAGGGUCACUUGAGCGUGGCCAUGCUGAUACUGGAGUACGGCGCCGAGUUGAACAGCCCGUCUGGCAGCGAGAACAACAUUCCACUGACGCUGGCUUGCUGGAAAGGCCACUGCGAAGUGGUGGAGUUGCUGCUGCAUCACGACAGCGAUCUCGAGCACCACAACAAAGCUGGCUGUACACCGCUGAUGCUGGCAGCCCGAGAGGGCCACGUCGAAGCAACUGAGCUGCUGCUCGAACAUGGCGCGGAGAUCAAUGUCCCGUCCGGUUCGAACGAUGACACUCCGUUAACGUUAGCAUCGUGGAAGGGACAUGCGGAAGUCGUGGAGCUGCUGCUGUCCAAUAAGUCCAAUGUGGACCACCAGACCAAGACUGGCUGUACACCGCUCAUGGAGGCUACGCGGGAAGGACAUGCACUCGUAGCGCAGUUGCUGCUUGAGUAUGGUGCUGAGGUGGAGACUCCAGACAAUUACGGCCAGUCGCCGUUGUUUAUGGCUUGCUGGAAAGGGCACGCGCGCGUCGCCCGACUUCUGCUCGAGCUCAACGCUAACCGCGACUGUCGUACCAAGACUGGUAUCACGCCACUCUUUCAGGCGUGUCGCGAGAACCACAUUGAAGUUGUACGUCUGCUCCUGGAGUACGGCUGCUCUGUCAACUCGCCGUUCCCGAACAGCAGCAAAGAGAAUCCGUUGACGCUGGCGUCGGAGAAGGGACACAUGGACCUGGUGAAGCUGCUGCUUGAGCGCGGUGGAAAUGUUGACGUGCGCACGAAGAAGGGAGCCACACCGUUCUUCUUGGCUUGCCGAGAAGGACACUUGGAUAUCUCUCUCAUGCUGUAUAACAAGGGAGCUGACACAGAGGUUCCAGACUCGCGUAGUGUUACGCCUUUGCUUGCGUCUUUCCGUAAUGGUCAUGUUAAUGUGGUUGAGUGGCUCCUGAAGUAUGUCAAGGCGUUUCCGAGUGACGACGACUGCUCUAAAGCGCUUUCGGCCCCUUGUCCACCCGAUUCGAAAAUGGCUGAGAUCAAGGCAUUGCGUGAGAAGUGUACUGAUUUGAUCAUGGCGGCCAAGGCCAAGAAGACUCAUGCUGCAGAACAAUGUGCUCAGCUGCUGUUCAAUGAGCUAGACGCCGAGAAAGCGUACAAGGAGAGUAAGCGUCAGGCAGCCAUUCGCAAACGUGACAAGCGAAAGAAGCGUAAACGCGAGCAGCAGGAGGAGGCGCGCAGGGAGCUGGAAGCUAAGGAGCAGGAGGAAGCAAGCCUGCAAUUAGCAGUCGUUGAGAGUAAGAAAGAGAGAGGGUCUGCUGUUGGGGCGGCCAACAAGGAAACGCUCCGAUCGGCACUCAAAUCCCUCACGGCUGCACAGCCAGCCGCCAUCACCAACACCGUGUCAACCUCAACCUCGUCCAGCAGCUCCUCCACAAGCCAGGCAAGCAGCACCCUCGACCAGCGCAAUCUUCACGCUGAUGCUGCUGCCGCCACUACAGGUACCAGUUCUAUUUCGGGCACUGUGGCUCUAGAAGCUAACAGUGCAGUAGCGCGCAUCACGGGCCAGCAGGCGAGUGCCGACUCAGCCGCCAGCGAAGACGAUCGCGCACGCAAGAAGGGUCGCCGACGCAAAGGCAAGUCUUCAGCCGCCACCGCCACAUCGUCGUCCUCUGGUGGAACGGCGGCCGCAGCGCGUGUGGAAACGGCACCAGCGCAACCCGUGACCUCGUCGGCGGCAUCUACGUCGUCCAAAUCGUCCUCGUCGAGCUCCGGCUCUUCCGUAACCGGAGACUCGGUUCGUCACCACGGUGAUGCGAGCUACUCCUCGCCGCCCCAGUCCGACGUGCCCAGCGAGGUGCGCAAAGCUGGGACCAAAUCCAGCACUUCUUCGUCCAGCAGCGCCGGCCAGUCCGCGGGUGCUAAUUCGAGCACGACAUCACGAUCCAGCAGUGCCAAGUCCUCAUCUCAUGAUGGCGGCAGCAGCAGCAGCACGGAAACCGGCAAGGCAGACGAUGCACGAGUGAAAGCAGCCGCCAUGUCUCUGGCGGCGCCACGCUCUGCUCGCACUCCGGCGCGCGCUCCGAACUCUCGUGCUCGCACCACCGCCGAGACGUCCUACCAACAGUCAACGAACCAGAGCAAUGCAUCGCGCCUCAGCUCGGGUAGUGAUACUGUCGUCGUGUCUAGCAGUCGCUCCUCUGCCUCGGCCAGUCGCGCCGGUAAUACGUCCACGGCUGGAGCUCAGAGCAGCGCUGUGUCGGGUAGCACUGCAGGCACAUCGUCGUCGCUUGCGGCUGCGACUAGUGCUGUCAGCUCCGUGCGCUCUUCCACUGGUGUUAGCACAUCGUCCCAGAGUGUGGCCGAGUCAUUGUCCGGUGAGAAUUCAACGCGAGACGUGGGCCCUGCAGCGUACGUCGACGAUGAACUUGACUGGUUCGAAAACUCCACAUCCUCUUCGCAUCGUCAGCAACGGCAGCAUCGCCAGCAAGCGUCCCUGGAGCACGGUAAUCAAACAGCGGGUGCCAGUGGCAGUUCAGGCAACAGCAGCUCAUCCACGACCAGCUCCUCGCACUCUUCAGGGUGGCAGCAGGUCACUCGUGGGGGCUCCAAUCGUAACUCUCGUGAGCAAUCCUCUACCAUGCCUGCCGUGAAUAGCGCAGCAACAAGUGGACUGCAGUCCAGCGUGAUAUCCGGCGCCGGUGCGAACGGCACAGGCGGAGGAGCUAACGGUGGCAGCAUCAUCACCAGCAUGACGUCCAGCAAGCCUGUCGCCAUCGCCCCUGGUGUUCUGCUGACUAGCUCGGUGCUACCAUCAGCCAACAGCACAACACGUACGAUCACGCUGAGCAUCACGAACACUCUGGUCGGGCGUAUCAUCGGCAAGGCUGGCCACAAGAUCAACGCCAUCACGGAGCAAUCUGGUGCCCAGAUUAACGUUGGUCGUCAGCAGCAGCGUGCACCUGACCGCAACGUCACCAUCAAGGGGACUUCGAAGCAGCUCAACAAGGCGCAGUCGCUCAUCAUCGAGGCGCUCAGCAACGACAAGGAGUUUGAAGCGGCGGCGGUGGCAGCGUCUAACCUCUCGUCCGCGCUGUCCUACGCCACCGGCGGUGCUGCACCAGCGGCGGCCCCUGCCUACAAUGUGUCAUCGUCCUUCGCUGCUGCUGCUGGCAGUGGUAGCUCUUCCGCACCCGGUGCGGACGACAUGGGCCCAGCAGCCGCAAUUGGCAACGUUUCGUCAUCGUCCGCCGGUGCGUCGAGUGAUGCCGCCGCUGGUGGCUUUGCCCGCAGUCAAACUGGCAGCGGAAGCGAUGCUAUCAGUACGGUCUCCAGAGAAGCAGCUGCGCCCAGAGAGGCAGCAUCGGCUGCGUUUAAGCAGACCAGCACCACACUAUCGUUUGCGGCUGCAGUGCGUCCUUCGGCCGGUGGUGGUGGCAUCGGUGGUUCAGUACCAGCGGCGACGGCUGUGCCAACAGCUGCUGUAGUCACCAGCAAGCCAGGCAAGAGCUCAGCGGAACGCAGCGACAAGGAAAGCAGAAGCGAGCAGCGUGCUCGCGUGGCCCAAGUCGGCAGCACUGUGGAAGUCUCUACCUCUGGCCUGUCUCUCACGUCACAUUCGGCGAGCUCGGUCGGCAUGUCAGCCGCCGCUAGUAGCAGCAGUGUUCACCAGUCAGAGGCAAACUCCUCCACACUACUCAUGGCCUCGACCGUCUCUCAAAUGCCGCCGCCUUCCUCCGCGUCCUGUGCGACUACAUCAAUGUCAACGCCGAUGACAUCACGGGCGAUUAGCCCCGUUGGUCACAUGACUAGCUCUGCGCUAAGCCAAGCCGGAAGCGGAACCGAUUCCGUCAGCGGUACGGUCUCCAGAGAAGCGUCUGCGUCCAGAGAGACGGCGUCGGCUGCGUUUAAGCAGACCAGCACCACGCUGUCGUUUGCGGCAGCCGUGCGUCCGUCGGUCGGCGGCAUCGGUGGUUCUGCACCGUCCGUUGCGCCAACAGCUGCGGUGGCCGCCAGUAAACCCAGCACAGGCUCGAUGGAACGCUCCGACAAGGAGAGCAGAGGCGAGCAGCAUGCACACGUGACCCAGGUCAGCGGCAGCAGCGUUGAAGUAUCCACCGCUGGCGCUUCUCUAACGUCGCCUUCAUCAAGUGUGGCCGGCAUGUGCGCGUCCACUAGCAGCACCAGCACCAGCAAUGUUCAGCAGCCAGAGGAGAGUUCUUCAACUCUGCUGAUGACCUCGUCGGUUUCGUCAAUGCUGCCACCCUCAACGGCAUCCUGUGUCACGACCUCGAUGCCAGCGAUGAUGUCACCGCGAGUCAUCAGCCCGGUCGGUCACAUAGCGCCACCUCAGCAGCAGCAGGCUUCGCCGCACUCUUCAGAUCCGACUAAUCCGCUCGCUCGCCGCCUCGCCGAAGUGCAGCUGGGUGGUUCGCUGGGCGUUUCAUUCGGUGACUCGUCCGGAGGAACAGCGCCAGCACCGGUAUCCACAGCGCCUGGUUCCAGUAUAGAAACAAUCGAGCCGUCGUCAUCGUCGGCAACCAGUUCUCCCGCACCUGGUAUGGGUGCCCCGUCAUGGCAUGCACCGAUUCACCACCCGUCAGUACAACAGCAACAACAACAGCAGCCGCAUCACCAUCAUCACCACCAGCAGCAGCAGAACAACACGUCACGUGACAUCAUGCCUGGCAGUGGUGGUGCCGUCGGCACGGUUGCCACUCCGAGUGCCGUUACCAUGGGUGCGCCUGGCCUUCAGCUGGGCGGCGGUGACACAACCUGGCAGCACUCUCAGUCACACCACCACCAUCACCACCACCACCAGCCGCAGCAGCAGCAAGCACAGCAGCUGCAGUGGUUCGCGGCACGGCCCGGGCCAACGACUGCGACCACGGCGCAAGGCGGCUCGAUCGCCACGGCAACUGUCGGUGCCAGCUCGUCCGACUUUGGCCGCGCAACGUCGCACACCGUCGGCGGUGGCAGUGAUUUGGCUCAAUCGUCACAGCAACGCUACGGCGGUGCCAUCUCCGGAGUGUCGAUUCUCUCCGACCCCCGCUGGACCAACCAGACGCCGGACCAGCCACCCCACGGCGCCAUGUUCGACAACAGUAGUGCCGGCGAGAGCGACUCGGGACCGCGUCACUUGGACGGCAGCAGCGUGGGCGGCGGAAGCGUGGGCGUAGGGAGCGGCGCUGGUACCGCCGCGGGCAUCGCCAGCCCCGGUGGCUAUCCACACCCGUCGCAGCGCCUGCCACCGCAAGCGCAGACCGGCUGGGGGCAGCAAAAGUCAGCGGGACCUAUGCCUGGUAGUAGUACAGCAGCGGCGGCUGCAGCGUCAUCUCAGUUCAGCAACCAUCAACACCAGCAGGACUCCGGCAGUGCUUCCGGUGGCGCUAUGCCCCCGGCGGCUGCUCCCGGCUUCAACAUGCGUAUGAACGGUGCGCCAGGCUCCUCCAUCCCCGGCGGCAACACGGGCAGCAUCAGCAACGGGCAGCACGCGUUCGGCAUCCACGGGCCCGUAGUCUCGGAUCACCGUGCCAACGUAGCCUCGCUGGGCGGCGUGGAUAUCAUGCAACCUGGGUCGCGGAGAAGCAACGUCGUCUCGACGUCGUCAGCAUCGUCAGUGUAUUCGCGUGGUGGCGGCGGUGGGGGCAGCAGCUCACGAUCACCGGGUGACGUUGGCGGCAUGCCUGGCUCUCGCUCACUGGCCGACUGGUCGGCACCGGGAACCGGUGGCGGCAUGACGAUGCCAGGCUCGCUGAAGGGAUUCCCGCUGCACCCUGACAGUGCGACCGCGGCCACUAUGAUGUCAAGAGCGACGGCAGCAGCGUCAACGUCAGCACAAUCUGGCAGUCACAUUGGUAGCCAGUUCAUGCAUGACACCGCCGACUCUUCGCAACUCAUUCAACCGCCGUCUGGCUCAACACAGCAAUCACAGCAGCAGCACCAGCACGCGCUACAUCAUGCACAGAAUCCGCUCACGUUCCUGCAACAGCAGGGCCAGCCGCCGCAUCAUCAUCAUCUGUCCCACGGCAAUGCGACCAACGGUGGUAGCGGGAAUGUCGGGCAGCUCUCGCAGAGACCUGGGUCACUGCAGCAGCAACAGCAGCAGCAGCACACGCUGCAUCAUGCCCAGAACUCAUUGCCAUUCCUACAGCAGCAACACCAAGGUCAGCCACCGCAUCAUCAUCAUCUCUCCCACACCAGUGCAGGCACCGGUGCUGGUGCCAAUGUCGGCCAGCUCUCACAGAGACCUAGCUCGCCACAACAACAGCAACAGCAGCGGCAACAACAACAGCAGCAGCAGUUGUUCGGAGCUGGCCAGCAGCAGGUAAUGCGCGGUGCCGGUGGUAGUGGUAGUGCUGCAGUCGGCAGUAUGAAUGCAUCUCUGAUGGGCCACCAGUCACCGUACCUGCGAGGAAGCGGCAGUGGUGCGUCCAGUGCUGACAUCGUGACCGACUCGUUCCAGCGUCCCAGCGCUGGUCCUGCCGGGUUUGUACGCGGCGGUGGCAGCGGAGGUACUGCCUCCACUGGCGGUGCCGCUGCUGAUAGCACAUCUAGUGGCAUGGGUGGUGGCUCGAACAAUGAACCUCCGCUCUCGUUUCCCCAUCAACACCAGCCCUAUCACCAAUCCAGUCAGGCGGUUGGUGCCGCUUCAGCUGCUGCCGGCUCAGCGUCGGGCCCGCAGGGUGGGCCAGCACGGUCCAAUCUCCCGCAGAUAUUCAACCCGCGCCGUUCGUCGCAGCAGCAGCCGCACUCCAGCGGCAUCAACGGUGGAGGAGGCGCUAAUGGUCCGCCAGUCCUGGGCGGCCGAACCAUGCCCGCCGCGGCUAGCGGCAACUAUGGUUCGUUUGGCGUCAUCGGUGGCCGUUCGCCGUCCUCGCUCAACGCCAUGCAGAGUGCAGCGGCGGCAGCAGCAGCUUACAGGCAACAGAUGACCAUGUCGGCAGCUGUGGUAGCAGCAGCGGCAGCCAAUGCCCAUCCCAUGCAACAGCAGCAGCAGGCACAACAGCAGCAGCAGGCACAACAGCAGCAGCAACGCUCCUCAUCCAUGCAGCAGCAGCACCAAGCCGCAGCAUCGUCGUCGUCAUCGCAAGCGCAAGUACCUCAACAGCAGCAGCCAUCUUCUCAGUCAUCCCAGCAACAGCAGCAUGAACAGCAGCAGCAAAGGCAACAACAGCAACAGCAGCAGCUUGGCCAGCGACCUUUCUCGCAUAGUACACCAGCAGUAUAGUGCUAUGUCAGCGGUAAUGGGGUGGUUCAAUCUUGGAUGGCCAGGGCUUUAGCUUCUGCUCUUUCACUUCUUCUUCUUCUUUUCUGACGCUCUCUUUCUCACCCCCUGUCACUCCCUCUUCUCCUCUCUCUCUCUCUCUCUCUCUCUCUCUCUCUCUCUCUCUCUCUCUCUCUCUCUCUCUCUCUCUCUCUCUCUCUCUCUCUCUCUCUCUCUCUCUCUCUCUCUCUCUCUCUCUCUCUCCUUGAAGUGUGAUUUGUGCAUUUGAUAAGUUGUGCUGUGAUCCUGUUGCCACCCUGCACCUGCUUGUGACUCGGCUCAACCUUGCCAGGUAUCCUGCCCGAACCCUACCCGAACCCCGUCCUGCCCCACUUUUUUUCUUGCUUGCCUCUCCUCUUUCCCCAUACUUCCCCAGAGUCGACUUGCUGAUUUUGCGUUUUGCUGCCGUGUCAGAAGAGUCAACAAUCUUGUUUUUCUUCAUCUUGCUUUUACUCUGGUGGUGUGUUUGAGUGCUAAUGUUCCAUGGGUAUUUUGCUUGCUUCCAGAUUCCGUUAACAGUGCUCUCUCCCUCACCUUUGAUUUUAUUAUUUUGUUUUCGACAGGCUCCGCUGCUUUGGGCCAUCAUCCCAAUGGCUUGAUAGUCUUUCUUUAAA